GUCUUCUCCUCUUCCCCCGAACAGAUGAUGGGAAGAUCUUUCACGGCAGCGGCGUCGGCGACGCUUUUGGCCCUCGCUGCAUCAAAGGCGACAUCAUGGGCUGCGGCAUCAUGUUCCCACGAGACUACAUCCUGGACGGAGAAGGUGACGUGGACGACUGGGAUCGGCCCGAGGUCCGUCCGGGUCCUGCAGGCGUCCAGAACGUCCUGUACCUCAACGAAGAAGAGGAGGAAGAGGAGGAGGAAGAAGAAGACGGGGAAGAGGCAGAGCAGGGACAGGAGGGAAGGAAGGUCAUGGUGUUCUUCACAAGGAACGGGAAGCUGAUGGGCCGGAGGGAGAUGGCGGUGCCCCCUGGUGGCCUCUAUCCCACCGUGGGGAUGCUGAGCAGCGGCGAGAAGGUGAAGGUGGAUCUGCAUCCUCUCAGCGGCUGAGCCGGGGGGUCGAGGACGUGGACCCGUGACGCCCUGCAAACAGCUGGCUGCGCUGUAGAGCUCACCCACCGUAGCCUAGCAUGCUGCUAACACUCACCAGAACCCACGCAGAUCAGCUGCACACAUGCACGUCGCUCCACCCGGCUUUUAUUUAUAUAAGAAACACACAAUCGUAAGCAGAAAAACUCGACCAGAGCCUCCUCCUGGUCGUGUGGUAGCAGAGAGAGAGAGAGAGAGAGAGAGAUCCUGGGUGGCAGUGUGCAGAGUCCAGGAGCAGGCGACUCCUGAGAGACGCUGAACUGUUAAUUCUAUGCAAUCUGCACUGCUGUCGUCCGCUCCCCUCUUCCUGCAUGCGGCUCGUCUCUGAAACACGGAGCCGGUAGAUCCUGCUCAUGGGCUCUGGCUCACUUCUGUUAUUUAGUUUGUCAACGACCCCAAAGCGAAGCAGAGCGAGGCCAACAGUUGUGCCGAGUCAGAGCUUGUUGGCACUUUAUGUUUCAGGUGACAGACCCUCCCUCCCUCUCUCUCUCCCUCCCUCCCUCCCUCUCUCUCUCUCUCUCUCUCUCUGCCUGGCUCCUCUCUCUGGGUGACGCUGCCCCCCGGUGAGCGAUCAGGGAGCUGCUGCUUCAUCUCAUUCACGCGGAGGAUUAUUAAUCACAAACCAAACACGAGAUUCUGCUCCCGAGCAGCAUCCGAUCGGACGUUUCCUCAGAGUG